UUAUAAAAAUUGCAUGUGUAUAAAAACGUACGUAUAUAAAUACAAUAUACAACACAACACACGAACGCAUACAUAUAUACAAACGUAUAGGAGACACUCAUCUAUGUUGUGUGUAUGUUAUAAUCGUCCUUAGUAUGAGUCUAAUAGGUAUUGAUAAAUACAGACAAAGGAGGUAGCAGUCAUUUUUUAAAAUGAAAGCGAAUAUACCUACUGAAAUAGAUUUACCAAGCAGUCUCUCUAACUCCGUCAACCUGUAAAGACGUGUUUAUAUUUUCUCUUGAGACGAGAAAAGUAUAGUGUAUCUAUGUUUGUGUUUGUGUAUGUAUAUGUAAAAAAUCUUGUCUGUAUUGAUACGAUAAAAAAGAUAAUAUGCGACAUUCUAAGCCUAAGAGCAAUGACAUCGAUAACGAAAGGACAUCUGGUAUAUACACUCUAUCUGUUGUAUCAGAUAAUAGAAAUAAUCUCGAUAUUGGGACUUCAAUGACCGUGUUGGUAUCUGAUCAAACAGAGAAAGAGAGAGCUCAAUGGGGAAGUGAAUUACAAUUUUUAAUGUCUUGUGUGGCUUUUUCCGUUGGCCUUGGAAAUAUUUGGAGAUUUCCAUAUACGGCAUAUGAAAAUGGCGGUGGAGCCUUCUUAAUACCCUAUAUAAUAGUUCUUUUCAUAAUAGGAAAACCACUUUAUUACAUGGAAAUGAUUUUGGGACAAUUUAGUAGUCGUUCUUGUAUCGAUAUUUGGUCGUUAUCACCAGCUUUCAAAGGUAUUGGCUAUGGCGUUACUGUUUCAGUAUUUGGAGUAAUCACAUAUUAUUCAGCUCUUAUGGCGUUGAUAAUGUAUUACUUGAUAGCAAGUUUUCAAUCUGUACUUCCAUGGUCUUAUUGUUGGGACGAUUGGGGUGACAUUUGUUUAGAUACUACAUUGACGACGAAUCAGACGAACAAUAGCAAUAAAAGUAGCUCGGCUGAGUUAUACUUUAGGAAAGUAGUUCUAAACGAAACCAAUAUAGACAACGGACUAGGAACACCAUCUUGGAAAUUAGUAUUGUCAUUAUUAGCAAGCUGGUUAUUUAUUUUUGGUGUAAUAUCGAAAGGUGUAAAAAGUAGUGGAAAGGUCUCUUAUUUUUUAGCUUUGUUUCCUUACAUCAUUAUGAUUUGCCUGUUGAUAAGAGGUGUAACUUUGAAUGGUGCCGUUAACGGUAUAAUCUUUUUAUUCGAACCAACAUGGAAUAAAAUCUUUGAUCCAUCGGUCUGGUAUGCAGCUGUUACACAAUCAUUUUUUUCUCUUGGCGUUUGUUUCGGUGCCGUCACCAUGUAUUCGUCUUAUAAUAACUUUGAUCAUAACGUAUCGAGAGAUUGCAUGAUAGUGACCACAAUGGAUCUCUGUACCAGUUUAAUGGCUGGUACCACAAUAUUUGGUAUAUUAGGCAAUCUAGCUUACGAAAUUGGUAGCGAUGAUAUCAGUAACGUAGUAAGAGCUGGAACUGGUUUGGCAUUUAUUUCAUAUCCUGAAGCAUUAGCCAAGUUCACGACCGCUCAACAACUUUUCUCUGUUCUUUUCUUUCUAAUGCUCUUUGUCUUAGGCAUCGGUACGAUAGUUGCCUUUAGUAAUGUCAUCAUCAGUAUUAUUAAGGAUCAAUUUCCUCAUAUCAGUCAAUGGAAGAUAUCUGCUUGCUUCUGUUUCAUUAGCUUUCUGGUUAGCAUCAUUUAUUGUACUCCAGGUGGACAAUAUAUCCUCAACUUAAUUGAUUAUUUUUGCGGAACGUUUAUUAUAGUCAUACUUGCAUCGUUCGAAGUAAUUGCGAUAUCGUGGAUAUACGGUAUCGAUAAUUUCAUUGACGACAUCGAAUUUAUGUGCGGUACCAGACCAUCCUUUUAUUGGAGACUUUGUUGGGGUAUUUUGACGCCGAUAUCUUUGCUUGUUAUUCUAAUAUAUUUUCUAAUUAGUAUGACACCGUUGAUCUAUAACGAUGAGUAUUAUCCUGAUGCUGCGUACGCUGCUGGUUGGAUACUUCUGAUUUUUGGUUCAGCACAACUUCCUAUAUGGAUGAUUAUUGCAAUUAUAAACAAUAAAAAUACAUCACUGUCUGUUGCAUUUAUGUCGGAAGAUAAUUGGGGACCAAAAAAUAAGAAAAAAUAUAAAGAAUGGAAAGAUUUCAAAGAAUUGAAAAGAAAUUCUAAUAUUGGACGAUCGAAAUUAAUUCGAUUUUUGUUUGGUAGACAAUGAAAAAGAAAAAGGAAAGAAAAGAAAAAAGAACAAGAAGAAAAGAACAAUUAUUAUUAUUUGUAUGUUCAAUAUAAAGUUUUUAUUUAAAUCAAAAAUACAACUGACAAUAU